AUGGGUCACUCGCCCAGUAUCUCACCUUCCUCAUCCAUCUUACGCGGUCAAGGACAACAUAUGAUGGGUUCUAGUUCACAUAUUAAAACUUUAUUACAACAGAACGAAACACAACGAGCGAUUUUGCAUGAGCUAUUAUCUGCCACAUCAGCCGCGGCUAUAGUCGGAAGAAUGCAACCACAGCAAUAUAAUUUACAACAAUUUCCGAGUGUAAAUGGUAAUACAGGAGGAAUCAAUAGGAAUUCAACAAAGGAGAUCGCGGCAUCUUUGAAUUAUCUGGAAAGACAAUUUCAAUGCGUUCUUCGUGAUAAUGAAGAAUUACGUAAAGAAAAUGAAAGUCUGCGGAGAGAAAAUGAAAAAUUAAAGAAAUCACCCCUUUUGAAUUCACUGGCUUCUGGAAAGUUGACAGCUAAUUUUAUUCCAACCACAAAUGCAGCAGAUCCAUCAUCAACAAAAUCAGCAAGCGGGAAUAUGAGCAACGCUUUACAGUAG